UAAAACAAACAAUUGACAAAAUGACUGAUAAUGAUAAUUUAGGUUCGAAAACUGAUAUUACAUUUGAUUUGGAAUUCAUACAAUUUUAUUCGGAAAUUCGUAAAACUCAAACAGAAAAUGUGUUCAUUCUGUUUAAUCAUGGAUCAUUCUAUACAUUACAUGAUAAUAAUGCUGAAUAUGUUUCGAAAAAUUUUCUAAACACUACUGAAAGUUUGAAAAUAUUUCAAACAAAAGAUUUUCAUACCGUUUGUUAUACUUGGAUUAGUCAGACACGUUUUUCAUCAUUGAUUCGUCAUUUAUUGAUUGAAAAUAAUUUUGCUGUUGAAAUUUAUUCGAAAACAAAUCCAAAAUCAAAUAUCAAACAAUGGCGUUUAGAAAUUGAAGCAUCACCUGGUUGUUUAGGUCCUUUCGAAAAUCUUUUAUAUGAUGCUGAUGUUAAUAUUUCUAUUCAAUUAUUGGCUGUUUAUAUUGUCGAUAAUGAUGAAGAUGAAGAUCGUAAUAAUCAUGUAUCGGUGGUUUCUAUUGAUCCAAUGGCAUGUCAAAUUUUUAUCGGUCAUUUUCAAGAUAAUGAUUGUCUUCGUUAUUUAGAAACAAUUUUAGUUCGUCUGAAUCCUAAAGAAUGUUUCAUACCAGAUUCGGGUAGUCAUUCAAAAAAAUUAACACAAUUAUUGAAAAGAAAUCAUGUUAUGAUACGUAAAUAUUCGAUUCAAUAUCAAAAUGAUAUUGUUAAAUUGGAAAAAAUUUUUAAAAAUUUAGCUGUACCUGAAUGUCGUGAAAUGAUUGAAAAUUUUCUUCAACAAACAACUGGCUAUACGCAUGAAAUAUUAUGUCCACUUUAUCCAUUAUUAUCGAAACAAAAAUUACUUGUUGAUGAUGUUGAAUCAUUGGUCGAUUAUCCGUUUGGUUGUUUUUUUAUCAACAUAAUCAAUCCAAAACAAUUUGUACGUUUAGAUUUAUCAUCCAUUCAACAUUUACAUUUAUUUCCAUCGAAAUUGAAUUCCAAAUCCAAACAAUCAUUGUUUCAAAUUUUAAAUCAAUGUAAAACUUAUUGUGGUAUGAAACUAUUGGAACAAUUUAUCCGGCAACCAUCAACCGAUCGUAUGACCAUACAGACUAGACUGGAUAUUGUGGAAUUUUUUCUGGAAAAUUCAUCAAUAAUGGAUUCGAUUCGUGAACAGAUUCUUCCUCGGAUACCAGAUAUGACCAAAUUGUAUAAAAAAUUAACAGCUGGUCAUUAUCAAAUCAAAGAUGUAUUUCAACUUUAUUUUAUUCUUGAAUAUCUUCGUCAAUUGAAAAUAGUGUUUGAUAAUUAUGAUUGUCCAUUUCCAACGAUUGUACAACAAGUGUUAAUCAAUAAGCUUUUAAAAAUUCUAACUCAAACCAAUCAAUUAUAUAUACGUUUGGUACAAGCUUUAGAUUUAACAAGUUAUGCUGAACAUAAUGAAUUUAAAUUGAAUGUAAAAACUUUCCCGGAAUUAACUGAAAUUCAUUCGAUGAUGGAACAAUUAUCCAAACAAGUACGUGAUGAACAUCGAUCGUUACAGAAAAAAUAUGAUAAUGGAAUAUCAUUGGAACAAAAUUCCGAUUUAGGUUGGUAUUAUGAAGUUAGCAAGAAAAAUAUUGAUAUAAUAAAUAAAUCCAUUGUUUAUCAAACAAUUUCAUCAAAAUCGGAAAAAAGUAUGAAAUUUUUUACAAGAUUAUUGAAUGAAAUUAAUGAUGAAUUUUUGGAUUUUGCAAAACAAUUUGAAAAAUUAAGCAAAAAUUGUAUGCGUCUUUUAUUGAAAGAAUGUCAGGAUGAUUUAUAUCGAAUAUCUUCAAUACAAUCAUACAUUUCUUUGUUGGAUAUUUUAACAUCAUUCGCUAAAGUUACAGCCGAUUUUCCAAUACCAUUAAAAAAACCAACAAUUUUGGAAUCAGAUGCAAACGAAAUUGAAUUAAAACAAUUUAGACAUCCUAUUUUGGAAUCAAUUAAUGGUGGUCAAUUUGUACCGAAUGAUAUACGUUUUAGUGAAUCAUUAAAAGCAUUUAUAAUUACUGGACCAAAUAUGGGUGGAAAAUCAACACUAUUACGAUCGGUAGCACUUUCAAUAUUGAUGGCACAGAUUGGUUGUUUUGUACCAUGUGAAUCGGCACGUAUUUCUAUAACCGAUGCUAUCUAUACACGAAUGAGUUCAAGUGAUGAUCUAUCAUUAGGUAUGUCAACAUUUAUGGCUGAAAUGUGUGAAAUUGCUGGUGUUUUAAAAUCGGCUACAUCAAAUUCAUUGAUAUUGAUCGAUGAACUGGGACGUUCAACAUCUACCAAUGAUGGAUUUGGUUUAGCACAAUCUAUUAUUGAACAUAUUGCUCGUAAUAUUCGUGCCUAUACAUUAUUUGCUACACAUUUUCAUAAUUUAGGAUCAUCAUUAACAAAAGGUUUAAUCAAUCGUCUUCAUAUGGAAUCAAGUUUUAAUGAACAAAAACAAUUAAUCAUUCAUUAUCGUGCAUUAUCUGAUCAACAAUCACAAUAUAAUUCACAAUCAUUUGGUAUUGAAGUAAUGAAAUCGGUUGGUAUGCCUGAACAUAUUAUUCAUUCAGCACAAGAUCGUUUAGAAAGAAUUUAUGAUUCUACAAUUGAUUCAAAAAUUUUCAACGAAGCAAUGGAUUUAAUUACAGAUGAAACUGAUUCAUCAAUAUCUAAUUCAAUUGAAAAAAUUCUUAAUCUUGUUUAAUUUGAAUUGAUUUUUAUUAUGAAAAAAUUGAAUAAAAAAAGGAAUCCAGGUGUGACUUGCAUGUUUGACCAGAUGAGGAUUCAUAGCGGUGAUUUCACAAUGCUUUUUUGGCCGGAGCACAUCUUUGAGACUAC